AUGAUAACAACCAAAGCAAUAGGCUACAGCCUCUUCCUCGUCUACUUAGCCUUAGCUUUGAUCUCUUCAUCGUCGGCUGAUGAAGCUUCAAUAUUCACCGUGAAGUUGAUCAACUUCCUUGAACCAGGCUCUUCUCCGGUCACAAUACACUGCACCUCGCCGCCCAAAAGAGAUACUUUUACGUCGGUAUUAAAUCGUGGUGAAGGUUUUCCAUUUCAGUUUGACACAACACAACAAGUUCAAUGGAGUUGUGAUAUCUCAUCAGGAGGCAAAAAGGGUAGUUUCCUCAUCUUUGAUGUCAAUAGAGACAGAGGAAGAUGCAAACUCGAUGGACUAUGUCUCUGGAGAAUUUAUCGUGACGGUCUCUUCCUAUACAACGCACCUCUUAAUAAAUUCGAGAAGCAAUUCUCAUGGUGAUACACCAAAUUACAACAUGCUUUGUAUUGUUUGCGUCAUAUAAUAUAAUAAGAUU